AUGACUUCCUUGAUACCUAUACGUUUUCAAGAACUCUUUUCUAUGGGGAUCAGUCCCAACAAUAUCAGUUUUGGAUAUGUGACCAUGGAAUCUGACAAGUACAUCGUUGUUAGAGAGACAGUUGGUGACUCGUCGCAAGCCGUCGUUAUAAAUGUUGCGAACCCAACUGAUAUUCUUAGAAAACCGAUUAGCGCUGACUCGGUUAUGAUGCAUCCAGUUUCGAGAAUUUUGGCUCUUAAAUUGCUUAAGAAUCUCCAAAUUUUCGAUUUGGAAUUGAAAGCCAAAAUAAAAGCUUACAGUGGAACAGAAGAUGUUAAGUUUUGGACCUGGAUUAACUCAAAUACCAUUGGAUUUGUGACAGAUGUUUCGGUGUACCAUUGGACACUUAGUGGUGAUGCUGCACCUGCCAAAGUAUUUGAUCGACAUUCAACUUUGCAGAGUACUGAAAUAAUCAGUUAUCGAUCUAACGCCGAUGGGAAGUUUCUUUUGCUUGUUGGAAUUUCGUCAAAGGAUAGUCGCAUUGUUGGAGCAAUGCAACUCUAUAGUACGGAGAGGAAGGUUUCUCAAGCCAUUGAAGGUCAUGCUGCUUGUUUUGUACAAUUCAAGCUUGAAGGUAAUCCACAUCCGAGUAGUCUUGUUUGUUUUUCUUUGCGUAAUGCUGCUGGAGGAAAGUUGCACAUUGUGGAAGUCUCACAAACUCCUGCUGGCAAUCAGCAAUUUCCUAAGAAGGCCAUUGACGUUGUUUAUCCUGCUGAUGCUGCUUCGGACUUUCCUCUUUCAAUGCAGGCGUCCUCAGCUUAUGGAAUUUUGUAUAUGAUCACCAAAUAUGGUUAUGUUCAUGUGUUCGAUAUCGAGACUGGCUUUUCAAUCUAUACAGUUCGUAUUUCGACUGAUACGAUUUUCAUUACAACUGAACAUACUUCUAAUAAUGGCGUUCUUGGUAUUAAUAGAGCUGGCCAGGUCCUUUCUGUUUGUUUGGACGAAACAACCGUCAUUCCUUACGUCACUCAACAAUUACAAAAUCCGGAUUUGGCUCUCAAAUUGGCUUGUCGUUGCAAUCUUCCUGGGGCUGAAGAACUUUUUGUUCGCAAAUUUAAUUUGUUGAUUGGAAAUGGAAAUUAUCCAGAAGCUGCAAAAGUUGCUGCAACUGCACCUCAAAAUAUCCUCAGAACACCACAGACGUUACAAAAAUUCCAAGUUGCUGUUCCACAAGGGAAGGCUACUUAUCCUCUUCUAAUCUAUUUCAAUGCGUUGUUAGAACAAGGCUCUUUAAAUAAAUAUGAGUCAUUGGAAUUAUGUCGACCUGUUUUAGUUCAGGGAAAGAAACAACUUGUUGAAAAAUGGAUUUCUGAGAGCAAACUGGAAUGUAGUGAAGAAUUGGGUGAUUUGGUUAAGCAAUAUGACGUUAAUCUCGCAUUAAGCAUUUACCUUCGCGGCAGUGUGCCACAUAAAGUUGUUCAGUGCUUUGCUGAAAUGGGACAAUUUGACAAGAUUAUUCUCUAUGCUAAAAAGGCAAAUUACGAACCUGAUUAUCUUUACCAAAUGCGUCAAGUUUUGCGAACACAUCCAGAUAAUGCUGCGACAUUUGCGCAAAUGUUGGUCAGCGAGGGUCCAAAUGGAGAACCAUUGGCUGAUAUAAAUCAGGUUUUAUUUGUAACUUUCUGUUUUUCAUUUCAAACUUCUUUAAAGAUUGUUGACUGUUUUGUAGAGGUUGGAAAUAUUCAGCAAUGUACUGCAUUUUUGUUGGAAGCUCUAAAAGGAGAUAGUGAAUCGCAAGCUCAUCUUCAGACUCGUCUUUUGGAAAUGAAUUUACUUUCUAAUCCUCAAGUUGCUGAUGCAAUCUUAGGAAAUCGAAUGUUUAGUUAUUAUGAUAGAGCCGCAAUUGGGCAACUUUGUGAGAAGGCUGGUUUGUUACAACGAGCGCUUGAGCAUUUUACUGAUCUUUAUGAUAUCAAACGUACAGUUGUUCAUACGACACUUUUCAAUCCAGAAUGGCUCAUUAAUUACUUUGGUCGACUCAAUGUCCAAGAUUCGUUGGAAUGUUUAAAGGCAAUGUUGCAGACAAAUCUUCGUCAAAGUCUUCAAAUUGUUGUGCAAAUUGCGUCCAAAUAUUCUGAACAAUUGACUACACAAGCGCUUAUUGAUUUGUUUGAAUCUUUUAAAAGCUAUGAAGGCCUCUUCUACUAUCUUGGUUCUAUCGUUAAUUUCAGUCAGGAUCCUGAAGUUCACUUUAAAUAUAUUCAGGCCGCUACGCGUGCUGGACAUGUUAAAGAAGUUGAACGAAUCUGCCGUGAGUCCAACUAUUAUGAUGCUGAACGAGUCAAGACAUAUUUGAAAGAGGCUAAAUUGACUGAUCAGUUGCCAUUAAUAAUUGUUUGCGAUCGCUAUGACAUGGUUCAUGAUCUUGUUCUAUACUUGUAUCGCAGUAAUUUAAUGAAGUCGAUUGAAGUUUUUGUAAGCAAAGUAAAUCCUAAACGCCUUCCUAUUGUUGUUGGUGCAUUGUUGGAUGUUGAUUGUAGUGAAGACACAAUCAAACAAUUAAUUCAAAACACUCGUGGAAAAUUUGACAUUGAUGAGCUUGUUGAGGAGGUUGAAAAAAGAAAUCGUCUAAAACUUCUGAGCUCUUGGCUGGAAAGUCGUGUGCAGGAAGGCAACUUUGAUCAAGCCACACACAACGCUCUCGCAAAGAUAUACAUUGAUUCAAAUAACAAUCCUGAACGUUAUCUUCGUGAAAACCAAUAUUACGAUUCAAAAGUUGUUGGCAAGUAUUGUGAGAAACGUGAUCCACAUUUUGCUUUGGUGGCAUACGAACGUGGAAAGUGUGAUGCCGAACUUAUUUCUGUUUGUAAUGAGAAUUCUCUCUUCAAAAAUCUUGCUCGAUAUUUGGUCCGUCGUCGAGAUGCGGAACUUUGGGCACAAGUACUUAAAGAAGACAAUCCUCAUCGACGUCAAUUAAUUGAUCAAGUUGUUCAAACAGCACUUUCUGAGACUAAAGAUGCUGAAGAUAUCACUCAUACAGUAAAGGCGUUUAUGGCUGCGGAUCUUCCAAACGAAUUAAUUGAAUUACUUGAGAAAAUUGUUCUCGACACUUCAACUACAAGCGAACACAGAAAUCUUCAAAAUUUGUUAAUUCUUACUGCAAUGAGAGCUGAUCCUUCACGAGUAAUGGAAUAUAUUCAAAAACUUGAUAAUUAUGAUGCACCUGACAUUGCUAAUAUUGCCAUUACAAAUCAACUUUUUGAGGAAGCUUUUGCGAUUUUUCGUAAAUUUGGUGUUUUAAUUGAAAAUAUUAGAAAUUUGGAUCGUGCUUAUGAAUUUGCAGAAAAGGUUAAUGAACCUGCAGUUUGGGCUGCACUUGCCAAAGCUCAACUAACGGAAGGAUUGGUAAAGGAAGCUGUUGAUUCCUUUAUAAAAGCUGAUGAUCCAAGUGCUUUUAUUGAUGUAGCAAAAAAAUGCGACGAAACUAACCAUUGGGAAGAUCUUGUUCGUUAUCUUCAAAUGGCUCGAAAGAAAUCACGCGAAUCUUUUAUUGAAACUGAGCUUUGUUUUGCAUAUGCAAAAACUGGUCGAUUGGCGGACCUUGAAGAGUUUAUAGCUGAGCCCAAUCAUGCACAAAUUCAACAAGUUGGUGACCGUUGCACAGAACAAGGAAUGAAUGAUGCUGCCCGUAUUUUAUUCAACAGCAUCAGCAACUUUGCUAAACUUUCGACUACUCUGGUUGAAUUGGGAGAUUUUCAAGGUGCUGUUGAUGCUGCUCGAAAGGCUAAUUCUACAAAAACAUGGAAACAAGUUUGUUUUGCUUGUGUAAAUCAUAAAGAGUUUCGUCUUGCGCAAAUUUGUGGUCUCCACAUUGUUGUGCAUGCUGAUGAAUUGGAAGAACUGAUAAAUUACUACCAAAAUCGCGGCCACUUUGAAGAACUCAUUGCCCUAUUGGAAUCUGCUUUAGGAUUAGAACGAGCACAUAUGGGAAUGUUUACAGAGUUGGCUAUUCUUUAUAGCAAAUAUAAAUCUGAGAAAAUGCGUGAGCAUCUGGAGUUGUUUUGGUCGCGUGUUAAUAUACCAAAGGUUCUUCGUGCCGCGGAGCAUGCUCAUUUAUGGUCUGAACUUGUGUUUUUGUAUGAUAAAUAUGAGGAAUAUGAUAACGCUGUGAAUACAAUGAUUCAACAUCCAACAGAAGCUUGGCGUGAACAACAUUUUAAAGAAAUUGUUACAAAGGUUGCAAAUGUUGAGCUCUAUUACAAGGCUAUUCAAUUUUAUUUGGAUUACAAGCCAAUGUUGUUAGUUGAUUUAUUGAUGGUUUUGUCGCCUCGUCUUGACCAAACACGGACUGUUAUGUUUUUCCAAAAAUCUGGCGACCUUUCGCUUGUCCAGCCAUAUCUUCGGCACGUCCAAAAUUUUAACAACAAAGCACUUAACGAGUGUCUAAAUCAAUUAUUUAUUGAUGACGAAGAUUAUGAAUCAUUAAAGGCUAGUAUUGAAACUUAUGAUAAUUUUGACAAUAUUGCUUUGGCUCAGCAAUUGGAACAACACUCAUUGGUUGAAUUUCGUCGAAUAUCUGCUUACCUCUACAAGGGAAAUAAUCGAUGGAAACAAUCUGUAGAAAUUUGCAAAAGAGACAAACUUUACUCAGAUGCAAUGGAUUAUGCGGCAGAGAGUCGUCAACCAGAAGUUGUCGAAGGUUUAAUGAAAUUUUUCUUACAAGAAGGACUAAAUGAUUGUUUCUCUGCAUUAUUAUAUAAAUGUUAUGAUCUUUUGAAACCUGAUAUUGUAUUAGAAUUGGCUUGGAAACACAAAAUUGUUGAUUGUGCUAUGCCUUUUAUGAUACAAACUGUUCGUGAUUUUGGAUCGAGGUUGGAAAGACUUGAAAGAGCUGAGGUUGAAAGAAAAGAAGAAGUUAAAGAACAGCAACAACGUUCAGGAAAUAUUAUGGAGCCUCAACUAAUGUUGCCAGCCUAUCCGUCUGUUCAGAAUUCUACAUAUCCUGGUGCAAUACCUGCUGCGCCAUUUGUGACGCCUGCUUAUGCGACUUUUCCUUUUAAUAAAUGAAGUGUUGUGACGAUUGAAAAUAUAAGAAUAAUAAUGAGGAGAAUCUUGACUUAAAUAUAUCGCAAAUUCUAUGUUAAAGAAUCGUUUAUAAAUUGACUUUUGGUAAUUCUGAACUGUCCCAUCCAGUUUUUU